UGAAAAAGAUAAAUUAGAGAUUGUGUUUAAUCAAAUGAAGAAUCCGAACCUUUUCGCCCGUUUUACGUGGAUCUUCAGAACAAGAGCCGAAGAAAUUGCAAUGGCGGAAUCUUUGAAUCUUCAGUUGAAAGCGAGAGAUAUUCUUGUGAGUCAAAGCCACGAAGAAUUAGCGAUGAUCGUCGAUCAUCUCUUUAUGCGUCAAGAAUACAAAACAGCUCGUGUUCUCUACGAUUUAUGCGUUUCUUGUAACCCAGGUUGCUUAGCCCUAAAGCUUCUUAAGCUCUAUCAAUCUUCUUCCAAUGGCGUCACCAGAUUCCGAUCAAUCUAUCUACUUUCUGAAACCCUCACCGAUUUCAGAAACCGCAACUUUGAACUCUCUCGCGACUCUCUCUAUGAAAUCAAACCCCUUUUGAUUUCAUGCUUGACAAAUCAAGAAACCAAAGAAUCUGACAUCAAGAUCCUCAAAAAAAUCGUUUAUUUUGUAGCUUAUAAUGUUGUGUUGUUGCAUGAUGGCAAAUGGGACGAGCUUGGUGAUUGUAUCUUAACGUUAGCGAAUAGCAAAGAACCUGUUAAGGCUUUUCAUGUCUUCAUCGAUUUGCCACCAGUCUACAAGAGUUUGAUUGAUAAGUUUAUGCACAAAAUUUUAGAGGAAGCUAGUAAUGUCGUUCUUGAUCCUUAUAGAGUUGGAGAUUGGAGCUUGGCUUUACAAACUUUUGUUAAAAUGUGGAUUCAGCUAUUGAGUACAGGGAUGAGAUUCGAGUUAUUAAAGGCGUUAAUGGAGAUUCGGGUUUCCUCUGUUGUGAAUUCAGUGAUUGAGUUAGUGAAUAAGGAAAAGGAAGAGUUUUUGGUUCAAGGGCUUGAAGAUUUCGAGAGGUUCUUCUCACGAGAUAUGAAUCUUUAUCAUUACGCUAAAGAUCAAUGCUAUUUUGUGUCGGCUUUAGUGAUCAAGAUCGAAGGAGUCGGGACACAUUUGACCAAGGAGAUUGUGAGGAAGAUCAAAAUGUUGGUUACAGAACUGGACAAUCCUGCCAUUAAACCACAGGAUGAUCUUAAGAAUUGUAGAGAAGAGUUUGAUCGUGGCUGGUAUGACCAUUUGAAGAGUUUAUCUUCAUUGGAAGUGUUAAAGAUCUUCGCGUCUACGGAACUUGAAGAUAGGUCUAGAGAGAUAGCAAUCAGAAGGGUCAAUGCCUUACUAUCUGAUCACAUUUCAAAGAAGGUGAAUAUAGACAUUGCAGAGAUGAGAGAACUCCAACCAUUGCUCAUGUCUUGCUUAAAGGAAGAAGGAAUCUCUUACAGUAUGUUUAAAGUCCUAGGUCAGGUGGUGAACUAUGUUGCUUAUGAGAUGUUGGUCUACCAAGAUGAGACAUGCUAUGAGCUACGCGAUUAUAUUGCAUCGAGUAAAACAGAGUUUCGGAGAGCGGUUUAUAUCUUCCAGUGUUUAACGAUGGCGCUUGUUGAUGAUGAUUUUGUGAUUCCUGUGAUGGAGAAACUUUUCCCAGAGAUAAUCACAAGGCUAGACCCACCAACAGAGUUGUUGGUAGAUAACAGUUGCUGGGUCAUGGUGUUUAGUGGUGCUUUCUGUGCAGCAAUUCACUUGAUAGAGGACCCAGGUUACGCUAAAUCCGUUAAAGAGAUUGCACAUAAGAUGAUAGAUUCUAUAAAAGAGCUUGUGGGAAGAGAAAUGGAAGUUGGGCUUGUUAGGAGAGCUUUCAGAGAUGUGGAGAGUAUUGUGAAGAAACAAUUGGAAUGGUACAGUACAAGCCAAUACAAAUUCGUUAAGGGUCUGCUUUGGAGACUCUAUGCAAUCAAAGGCAUGAAAUGGGAAAGUAAGAUUGUGUUGUGGAGAAUCAAUGUGAUUGUCGAGAGAGGAGUGAAAGAAGUGGAGAAACAGCUACCAGAGACUGAGUUUGAUUGGCUGAAUCUUACUGAUGAUGAGUUUGAAUAGAAAAAAAAUAGUUUUUGGUGU